AUGACAGUUGAUACAGCAGCUGUGCCUGAAAAUAAGAAAAAUAAUCUUUCAACCACGAAACGAGAUCGACGUGAUGUCAUUCGGCAGGUGCGUGAAAUCACCGGCCUGGAUGAUAAUUCAAUAAAUCAAACAAUUGAAGCAUGUAAAGAUGAUACUGGACGUUAUUCACUUGAACAAGUUAUUAAUUUAUUAUUUGAUGAUAAUCUUCGAAAUAAUCUUCAACAAACAUCUUCACAAUCAACUAAUAAUCAUAAUCAAUCCCAUCAAAAUCCAAAUGUAUCUAAUCAAGAAACAACGACAGCUUCAGCACAACAAACAACUGAUCGAAAUAAUACUGACACAAUAACAGAUGAUGUUAUUGAAAUUUCACCAGAAAUUGAUAAUCAACAAACAGUUGAUGAUGAUUUAGAACGUGCAAUUUUAUUAUCACGUGAAACAAUGGAACAAAUGAUUGAUGAAUCAGAUAUUGCUGAAAGAAAAUUUUUUGAUGAACCAGCUGGAUUAAAAAAUAUUGGAAAUACAUGUUGGUUUAAUUCAGUUAUUCAAGUACUUUAUACAUUACCUUAUUUUCGUCAAUUGAUAUUAAAUUUUCAAUAUUUAGAAACUAAUUGUAUAUUAUCGAAGAGUGAACAACAAGCAAUAUCUUUUACAGAAGAAUUACGUGAUUUAUUUAUUUUAAUGUUAAAAUCACCACGUUGUUCAAUAAAUCCAGAUCGUGCAUUAAAAAAAUUUAAAAAUACAAGAAAAUUAUGUGGAAUUGAUUUUUCACAUGAAGAUUGUUCAGAAUUUGCUAUACAUCUUAUUGAUCUUGUUGAACUUGCCUUUGAAACAGUUGGAAAAAAUCUAACUAAUACUGAUAAUCGAACAACAGCAAUGAAUUUUCUUAAUCCUAUCAAUACAUUAGUUACGGGUGAAGUUAUCGUUGAAAGAAACGAACAUAAAUCAAUUCGCGAAGCGUUAAGACAAAUAAAUAUUCAAAUGAUUGAUUCAACUAAUCUUUAUGAUGGUCUUGAAACUCUUUGGCUUGGAUCAGCUGAUGAAAGUCUUUCUAGUCAACAAGCUAUUGUUGAACAACGAUGGCUUACACGUUUACCACCUGUUUUAUUUAUUUGUCUUAAUCGUUAUCGUUUUUCACAAAUAACAAAACAAGCAUCAAAAAUAAUUGCACCAUUUGAAUUUUAUCCCGAACUUUAUCUUGAUCGUUAUAUGUUAAUUAAUAAAGUUCUUAUUUUACAGAAACGAGAGAUAGCUAAAAAACUUUAUGCUCAAUUACAUGAUUUAGAAAAUACAUUGAAUAGUUAUUUAAAAUAUCCAUGUAAUAAUGAAUCAUUUUCACUUGCAAAUGCUAUUCGAGUUGUUUAUGAAUAUGCAACUGGUUGUCGACUGAAUCCAACAUUACCUAAAAGAAUCGAUUCUGUUUCAUUUGAUCAAACAAUAUCAAAUCGUUCUCGACAACAUCCAAUUGUACCAAUACAACCAUCACAUAUAUCAAAUGACGAACUGCAAUUUGUUCAAAAUACUCUACCAAGUUGGUUAACAGAAAUCGAAGCGAAAUGUGCAACUAUUCGUGAAGAAAUUCAACGUGUACAUAUUGAAUUAAAACAAUUGUAUGAUCGAUCAUUAUUAAAACAAGCUCGAUAUACAUUACAUGCUGUUUGCGUUCAUGAAGGAAGUGCAUCACUUGGACAUUUUUGGACUUAUGUCUAUCAUACUGAUAAACAAAAAUGGUAUCGAUAUAAUGAUAAUGAAGUAACUGAAAGUAAAUGGAGUGAUGUAUUAGAUGCGGGUAUUGGUUGUGAACGUACACAAAAUAAUCGUGAUGAACCACGUAUACCAAGUGCUUAUCUAUUAGUCUAUAUAAAUGCUGAACAAAAAUCUUUAUCUAACAAUAUACAUUAUGAAUUAACUGCUGAUCUUCAACGUGUUUUAGAUGAUGAUUUAACAUUAUUAAAACAACAAACUGAAACAAUUAAAUUAGAAAAACUUCAUAAUGAUCUUAAAACAAUCUGUGAACUUAAUGAAAAAUCUCAAUCAACACAUAAAAUUUUAACACUUCCAUUUUUUACUGGAACAAAUUCAUCGUUUGAUACAGAAAUAGUUAAACCAAUUAUUGAUUCAACAAUAGAUAAUUUAAAAAUAUAUGAAACAAAAAUUCUCUCAAUUAAAAUUGAUCGUUUACUUCAUGAAAUUAUUGAGAAAGAAAUAAAAAAUUAUACAUUAACAGCUAAUUUAAUAACAUCAGCAUUACCACAUCAUGAUUAUCGUUUACAACAUAUACUUUUAUAUUUAUCAGCUAAUCAUAUUGAUAUUAUUUAUCGACAACGUGUUAUGUAUGAUAUUAUUCGUGUUUUACCAAAUUCAAAUAAUAAUAUUCGGUUACGAAUAUUUAAAUUACAAGCACAAAUUAUUUGUCAUGAUAUGCAAAUGUCAAAUGAUGAAAUUCAAGAAUAUCAAAAAAUCCUAAGUGAUUAUAAAGAUUAUCGAUCUGUUAUCGCUGCAUUUCUUGCCGGUUAUCAAUUGAUGAAUGAAGAUAAAUUUGAUGAAGCAAUAACAUAUUUUUGUGUUGCUUGUGAAUAUAAUUUACGUCUUUCAAAACAAUGUACUUUACCAAUGAAAGCUAUGGAUAGCUCUCUUUUAUUUAAAGCAAGAAGAUUAUGUUUUGAAAGAUGGAACGAUGUUGUAUUACAUCGUUUUAAAACUGAUCCUAAUUAUCGUCUUGAUACAAUGACACAUCAAUUUCUUCCAUGUUUAAUGCAACUUAAACUCAGUUCAGAUGAUGAUCAGGCUUAUAUAAAAGAAAUUCAACGUGUUUGGUGUUUAUUACUUGAUAAACUUGAACCUACUGAUCGUUUAGUAUCUCUUGAAGAAUUUCUUCAACGUUUACUUGAACAACCAGUUGGUCAACAUUAUCAUUCAGUUUCAAUAAAUAAACAUCAAUUAUUUGAAAGAUAUAAUGAUGCUGUUCGAGAUUUAAUUCAUCGAUAUCCAUCAUUUAUUAAUCAUAGAAACGAACAACAAUCUUCAAAUCGAUCAAAUUUAAUUGCACCUAUUCAAAUUCCUAUUGUUAUACAUCAUCGAACUGAUCCUCGUGGUUCAUCACCAAUGCAACAAGGUGGUGAUGAACAAGAAACAUUACCUCCAUCUUCGUCUUCAUAA